CGUCAAAAUUCUUUCGAAAAAGAAAACAGUAGUUUAUUCGCAGCUUUUGAAUUUGGAAACUUUUUGCCUUUCGUUUUCGUGGAAGAUGUGAAAUAGUGGAGGCUACAAAUAAAUUUGAAGAUUUGCAAAAUGUUACGAGCUGUCACUCAAUACAGCGUUCCACUAACUCGCCGUUUUUCUGCGCUUCAAAUAAGCCAGAUUAGAUACACGAGCACAGUAAACGCGUGUUUUAUUGUGUCGGUGAAUAAACAAGUACCACAAUUUCCAACGAGUGCCAUCAGUAAACCUCACCUUCUUCAACCGUUUACUCCUGCAUUACAUAAUUGUCGAGGAACAAGCUUUUUUAAUAAGUUGCCAGCUGAGCAAAUCUGGAAAGGAAUUAUUUCGGUGAGCAAUGCCGGUAAAAAACGGGGACGUGGAAAAGGAUCAGGAAGAAUUAUUCCAAAGGAUUUAAACAAGGGACAGGUCAUUGGUUUUGGAAAGGCAAAUAUUGUUUGGCCUGGGCUGUCGGCACCAGUUAUGCGCGGACGUGAGUUAGUACAACAACAUCAACUACCAGAAGAUGUGGAACGAGAAGCAAAGUUGAAAAAAAUUCGCGAUGGAAUGGUAAAUUUCAAGCGAAUGAAACUAAGCCCACUUGAGCGCGGUUGGUCCGGUUCCAAGAUGCCCGGUCGAAGCAUCGGACCUCCAGAUCCCAUUGAGGAUGACGUUUUCGAAGGGUUCGAUACAAAAUGCUUGGAAUUAAAAACGGUUGUUAAUAUGAAAGGUAAUCUUGGUAGAAAACGUCGUAUAUCGGCUAUGGCGGUAACGGGAAAUGGAAAUGGACUUGCCGGCUUUGGGUUCGGCAAAGCAAUUGAUAUAAAGACAGCACUGAGACAAGCAAAAAAUCGCGCUGGUCAAAAGUUGAUGUAUUUUGAACUUUGUAAUGAACAUACGGUAUUUCAUGAUUUCUACUGUGCCUUUGGAGCAACAAAAAUAUUUGUAGAACGCAAACCCGAAGGUUAUGGUUUAAAAUGUCAUCGUGCGAUAAAAACCGUUUGCGAGGUGGUAGGAAUUAAGGAUCUUCGGGCAAAAUGUGAAGGGUCGACGAAUGUUCAGCAUGUUGUCAAGGCUUUUCUUGUCGGACUGCUACAACAGAAAAAUCAUCAACAGAUUGCUGAAUCCAAGGGAUUGCAUGUUGUUGAGUUGAGACCUGAAAAUCAAAAUUUUCCUAAAGUAGUUGCGAGCCCAACUAUUUGUCGCUCUGAAAAAGAAUUGGAUUCGAACGAAAUCCUUGACUACACACAAUUCUGCAUGGACGGAAAAAUUCAAUUGAAAAGAAAAAAGUUCCCACCGUUCUAUACAAAGCAUCGUUCAUGGGAAAUAUACCUUAAAAAACAAGAAUAUUUGCGAAAUCAAGACAAGGUGCGAUUACGGAUGCUGGCUGAAUCGGGGAAAAUUUGCAGUUUCAUGACCGAAAAAUAUCCAGAAUGUAAAAUGGGACCUGCUCCAAAAGAAGAAUAAAAUGGUACUUUGAAUGGUUGAAUGUAGAAAAAUAAACUAGUUUAUCUCUAAAGACACUUUAAAA